AAUUACCGAUCUCGGCUGUCUUAACCUAGAAUGGAUGAAAGUGACUGAUCUCGGCUGUCUUAACUUAGAAUGGAUGAAAGUGAAGACAGCCGACAUCAGUCACCAACAUAUUGAGUGUCAACUUAUUCACAUGAUUCUAUUUAGGGAAGUUCUGCCAAAAAAUUCAAAUGAGCUUUGGUUUGAUUUUUUUAAAAAAAUAAUGAAGUUGGAUAUGGGUGAGUUUGCGGUGGUUUCUGGAGAAGUUGGUUUGUUUGACACUUAUUUUGAACCUUUAGGUCGUCUAAGUAGGGAUACUAUAAAGAUGAGGUUUGUUUCGCAAUUGUGGAAUUCAGACGAGGAUGCAGUAAAACUUGCUAUGUUGUAUCUGCUUGCUACCUACUUGAUGGGCAAUGGGCCUAAUGUUUUAUUUAGUAGAUCAUACCUUGCUAUAUUAUAUAGCAAAGAAGUCGGGAUUUUGAUUAGGCCUCGAAUGCUCAGGUGGAAAGCUGAAAAUACUUUGGACAUGGAGUGUGUUGGAGGUUCAAAAGAAAUCAAGGUUGAUGAGUGUAAAAUGGAUUAUGUCACCAUGAUGGAGAAAAUGUUUGCUAAGCAGGAACAGAUG